AUGUCUUCUACACCAGGGCUGCCCCCCCUCCUCCUUACCACGCUGCCCCCCUUCCCAUCAGCCACUCCUGGACUCCCAAGCGUGGAGCCCAACGCCACUUCCUGUGAGGAGUGGGAGCAGACCCAACACCUGCUCUUCCACCUGGGCAACCUGUCCCUCCUGCUGGGCCUGGUCAUCCCAACCACAAUGAACCUGCACAUGAUCCUACUGCGCUCCCUGCUGAUGACAGGAUGUGGUCUCUUCAUUGCGUGGGCGGCGCUGUACAGGUGUAACCUGGACGUGAUGGUUUGGAACGUGGUCUUCCUUGUGGUCAACUUCAUGCACCUGUUCUACCUCCUGUACAAGCGCAGGCCAAUUAAGAUUGACAGGGAGUUGAGGUCGGUCUACAAGCGAAUGUUUGAGCCCCUUCAUGUGCAGGAGGCUCUGUUUCAGAGGCUCACAGGACAGUUCUGCACCAUCCAGACGUUGAAGAAGGGUCAGGCCUACGCUGCUGAGGACAAGACCUCUGUGGACGAACGCCUCAGCAUUCUCCUCAAAGGAAAGAUGAAGGUUUCAUACAGAGGCCAUUUCCUCCACAACAUCUACACCAAUGCAUUCAUCGACUCUCCAGAGUUCAGAUCCACUUCCAUGCACAGAGGAGAGAAGUUCCAGGUGACCAUCGUGGCAGAGGAGAACUGUAAGUUUAUGUGUUGGUCUCGAGAGAGGCUCACCUACUUCUUGGAGUCAGAUACGUUCCUCAAUGAAGUGUUCAGGUACCUCAUUGGCAAAGACAUCACCAACAAACUGUACUCUCUCAAUGACCCUUCACUUAGUGACAAGGCAGUGAAGAAGAUGGACCGCGAGCCCAGUAUGUGCUCUCAGCUGUCUAUGACGCAGAUGAGGAACAGCAUGGCCAGCACCAGCGACACUGAUGACGUCAUCAACCAGAUACUAAGAGGAGGAUCUGCUAGCUCCUCUAGCCAAAAAUCACCUGGCACCAAGACCUCUACAAAAAUGAAGCCCAUCGAAGAAGGCAUGGAGGACGACGUUUUUGAAGAGGCUUCUUCCUCCAAACCUCGCCGUCUGUCCAGCACCUCCACUGAAGAAGUGUAGCCUGCAGCUGGAAAACACACACGUGAUUUAUGUCCUCAUGAAACUGCAGAACAUGAAGAUAUGUGUCAGGUCAUUUAGAAA